AUGGGGGACUUCAAGCAUAAUAGCUUGUAUGAAAGAGUUAACAAGCUACUUGUCUCAUACAAUUGGAGUGAUUGCAAGUUUUUAGUUUGCGAAAAAGAAUUUCAAGCACAUAAAUUAAUAUUAGCCACUAGCAGUCCUGUAUUUGAAGCCAUGUUUUAUGGGCCCCUAUCAACAAACAACAAUAUAAUAAUAACUGAUAUAGAUCCUAGCAUAUUUCAACUGUUGCUGAAUUUUAUUUAUACAGAUAAAGUGGAUAUUAAAUCGAUUGAGGAGGCAUAUGAUUUACUAUAUGUAUCAAAGAAAUACUUAUUGGAUACCUUGACUGAUAUUUGUUUAGAAUACGUACAAUCUGCUAUGAGUGUUGACAAUGUUAUAUACAUUCUUAAUAUACCAAAUUAUAUGCAAGAAAAUAAAGUGGUUGCCUCUGCUUUGAAUCUCUUUUGCCGCCAUGCAUAUUAUUUAUUAGAUAAUUACAACUACGAUAUUUCUACAAGUUUGUGGAGGAAAAUUUUAGAGAGUGAUGAACUGAAUAUAAAGGAAAGAGAUUUAAUUAAAUUAUUAUUUACAUGGACAUUAUGUUACAAGGAAAAAUACAAAUCAACCACAGACAUAUAUAAGAGGAGAGAUAUUUUAAUUAAGACAGGCUUAUUCUCAUUAUUAAGAUUUUAUGCUCUAUCCAAUGACGACUUAGAUGCCAUUGCCAAUGAUCCAUCAAAUAUACUCUUACCAGAGGAGAUAGAACAUAUUAAAUUUAAAAUAGGUAAAUCAGAAAACUAUAUCAAGUAUAAUGAUCAAAUAUGUGCAUCAGCAAUACCUCGUAAGACCAUUGAUAUUCAGUGGCGUCUCUGCCUUCGUGCUUUAAUCAGAUCUGAAUCUCCUAUAACAAUUGAUUCUCACAAUUAUUGUGCUCAUACACGAUUGAAAGCUGAUAAGUCAUUUUUCUUAUAUUCCCUUAUAGUGCAAUCUCGUGUGGCACCGGUAAAUAAUUUCUGUAAUUCUAUUAAAAUAUAUAAUGAAGACCUAAUAAUCUCAGUAUUGUCUGAAGACAACAACAGUAUUAUCAAGAAGAUUACUUUUAAGAAAGAUGUUGAAUAUGAUUGUAAUGUUGGUAUUGACUUCUCAGAGCCCUUGUGCUUAAGAAAAGAUCAAUGGUAUACCAUCAAAUUUGUUUGGCCUCACUUGUCAUCAUAUGAUACACAUUUAUAUAGUGUGCAAAGGAGGGAGAAGAAUUUGAGCUACAUGUCGCUGUGCAAUAAUAUCAUACAAUUUGAAUUUGAGGAUUUGCCCUCUAAAUGUAAUACUGGUGGAAGUUUACUUAAAGGGUUUAAAUUUUGUUUGUAA